UGAUGGUGGACAGAGGGUGUGAGCGGCAGUUUCAUGAGGAGAGGUUGACAUGGCACCGAGGGCCUGAGUCUGGAUAUCCAUGGAGAGUUUUUUUAAUGAGAGCCAAAAUCACCCGGACCAGCAUCAGGUGGUCACAGCGGGAGCGGACAGCCCCGGGCCGGGUGGAGGUCUCAGUCUCCGCGCGCUGACCGGCUGCGUCCUGUGCGUCCUGAUCGUCUCCACCCUGCUGGGGAACACUCUGGUGUGCGCCGCGGUCAUCAAAUUCCGCCACCUGCGCUCCAAAGUCACCAACUCGUUCGUCAUCUCUCUGGCGGUGUCCGACCUGUUCGUGGCCGUGCUGGUGAUGCCCUGGAGGGCGGUGUCCGAGGUCGCCGGCAUCUGGCUCUUCGGCCGCUUCUGCGACACCUGGGUCGCCUUCGACAUCAUGUGUUCCACCGCGUCCAUCCUCAACCUGUGCAUCAUCAGCAUGGACCGCUACUGGGCCAUUUCCAGCCCCUUCAAGUACGAGCGCAAAAUGACGCGCAGGUUCGCCUUCCUGAUGAUCGGUGUCGCCUGGACUCUCUCCAUCCUCAUCUCCUUCAUCCCUGUGCAGCUCAACUGGCACCGCGCGGACGCGGACAACUCGACCGCGGAAAACCCGGACGACUGCAACGCCAGCCUGAACCGGACCUACGCCAUCUCCUCGUCCCUCAUAAGCUUCUACAUUCCCGUGGUGAUCAUGGUGGGGACGUACACGCGCAUUUUCCGCAUCGCGCAAACCCAAAUCAGACGCAUCUCGUCUUUGGAGAGGGCGGCAGGGCCCCGUGCGCAAAACCACCGCCACCGCGCGUCAGCGCACGACGAAAGCUCCCUGAAAACAUCUUUUAAGAGAGAAACGAAAGUUUUAAAGACUCUCUCCAUCAUCAUGGGAGUGUUUGUGUUCUGCUGGCUGCCGUUUUUCGUCUUGAACUGCGUGGUGCCUUUUUGCGAGCUGGAUAAAGUCAGAGAGCCGCCGUGCGUCAGCGACACCACCUUCAGCAUCUUCGUGUGGUUCGGCUGGGCCAACUCGUCCCUGAACCCGGUCAUUUACGCCUUCAACGCCGACUUCAGGAAGGCUUUCUCCACCAUCCUGGGCUGUAAUAAAUACUGCUCCACCUCCACGGUGGAGGCGGUGGACUUCAGCAACGAGCUGGUGUCUUACCACCACGACACCACCAUGCAGAAGGAAACCUGCGCCAUGCCGGGCCCCGGGGCGCAGAGACUCGUGCCGCCGCCGCAGCACACAGGUGGAGACCUGGAGCAGAACUUUGACAAAGUUUCUGUCAUUUCAGAUGAUUCACGGAACCACAGCAACUUACUGCUGCCCGCCAUGCUGCAGUAUGAGUGCGAGGCGGAGAUCUCUUUAGACAUGAUGCCCUUCAGCUCCUCCGGACCCGCAGACUGUUACGUUAUUCCGGGUCAAAUCCAGGAGCUGUGA